CUUUAAGAGAGAGAGAGAGAGAGAGAGAGAGAGAGAGAGUUGCGCACACCCAGAGCCUCUCCUCUCCCGCACAGAUCCAGUGUGGCGCACUGAUAGGCGGCAGUCCUCGGAAAGUGGGAAGUUUUCGCCAAAAGCUUCUGUGUGAGAAUUAAUCAGCUUCAUGUCGACUCUGUUGGAUACUAACCCGCCGAUGCUAUGGUUACCUUUAUUACGAUUUUGCAGGUGAAUCUAGUGAUGUCCAUCCUGCUGUAUGUGAUGGCCCUUGUGUACCUGUAUGGUAUUCAAGCAUCUAGCAUGAACAGCAGCCACAAGGGACAGCAGCAGCACCCGCCGAGCCCCGACCCGUUGAACUCCCUCAUAAUCCAGCUGCUGCAGGCCGACCUGACGAGGGAGCGGACCCCGGGGAGCCACCGGCAGCAGGGGAGAGGCAGGGACGCCAAGCACCACGAUCCCAUCCUCCCUGUUUCGGGGCCAAGCUCACCGUUCAAGGACCAGGAGGACGGCGAGCCGUGGGGCGCGGGCGGCCGCAGCGGCGGGAGCAGCGAAGGCGCCGUGGAGCAGCAGGUGACGCUGGUGAACUCUGACCUUCUGCGGAACCACAAGAGAUACAUUUCUCCGCGGGUGGUGCUGAGCGACCGGCCGCCGCUCCAGCCGCCUCCCCUGUACCUGGCCGACGACUUCGUGAGCGGCGGGCCGGAGGGAGCGGCGGCGGGAAACAAAACGCGGAAGAAGCGGCAGGCCGAACACCGGAGUUACCGCGGGGAGUAUUCCGUCUGCGACAGCGAGAGCAAGUGGGUGAUGGACAAAACCAGCGCCAUGGACCUACGGGGAAUCAACGUGACGGUCAUGGCCAAAGUUAAAACCUUCGACAAGCGGGAGGUCAAGCAGUUUUUCUACGAGACGAACUGUCGAGGCGAAGAGGAGCCGUCCAGAGCCAAAGAAAGGCAGUGCCGGGGAAUCGACGAAAAAAACUGGAGCUCUCAGUGCAAGACGACGCAGACGUUUGUUCGCGCGCUGACGCAGGACCACAGCGGCAUGGUGGGCUGGAGGUGGAUACGCAUAAACACUUCCUGCGUCUGCGCGUUGUCGAGGAGGAAACGCAAGACGUAAAAUUCAAGUCUCUCUGAACCAGAACCAGUGGAGGUCCACUUUUCUUUUUCUGGGAUUUUAUUUCCACAGCGAACCGCACCACAGGAUUAGGUGCGGCGGUAAAGGACCACGACGUUCUGCUCCAAACUAUCCAUCUGAAGAAGUCUCGGGUCCUUUUGAAUACGAUUUCAAACUAAUGUGCUGCAAGCUGUAACGAAAGAACUCUCGCGAGAGGGCGAGGACUGCACAACGGAGAACUGUACAUAUAAAUUAUUUAAAUUAUAUGAAAUUGCAUGUAGUGAAUACAUGGUUAUCUAUCUUUAUAUGAUGUAUGAAUAUAUUUGUUAUUUAUUGACAGAAGAUUCCUUAAAAUGAAAAUGAGAAAAAAGAAGCGAGGUGUAAACCUGACUUUUAAGACGAUAAUGCGAAGCUAGGGGCUGCAAAGGUGCUUCACAGCGAGACUUCGUAAGUGCCUUCACUGAAGUGUGAGUAGCAGGACAUGGCAGCAAUGGUUGCCGUAAACGUUUUGGCAACGGGUCCGUAGUAAGGCGACCCAUCAGCAGGGACCUGUCCCGUCCCGCCGACCCGACACGAAGCCCGCACGAGACCGGCGACACAAUCAGAGGUCGCGAGACAACCAAGAUGUGUAACAAGAAACUUUUUCAGUGUCUUCGCCGUGAUGUCGACCAGCGGUCAAGUUUUGCUUCUUGUGGUCUCAUUUGUUUCAUCCUUUGAAUAAAAAGCCCAUAUAUCCCAAAGUUGGAAAUUUAAUAUUUAAAAAAUAUAUAUAUAUUAAGACCCAUUUCAAAUUGUUACAGUGCCAAAGAUUAGAUAACACAUGUAAGAGGAUAAUAAAUGUCUUUAUUCUUCUUUUCACGGCUUACCUUCCGAAUCUGUUUUGAUUUCACAGUUUUCAUGGUUGGUCGAAGUGACUCGUGUUUGGUUUGGUUUUACCCAAAUGCGACUUCGGCAUGUUUGUCCAUUUUGAACAACGUUCAAAAGUGAGCCCGUUUAACACCUGAUAAUUUUAUAUGAGUAACUUUUUUUUUUUAAAGUUAGGGUUAAGGAUAAAUAAAUGUAGCUACUUGAACAUAAAACAGAAACUGAAUGGAAAAUUUACCUGUGUUAGCUAACAGGCUAACAGUUACCCAACAGGGAGAAAUAGUUGAUUUUGGUCAUUUAAAGCAACUCAGACUGAAAACACGGUAUCAGCAGGUAGCAAUGAGCUAAACAUUUACCCUGUUACUAUGCCUGAAGAUGAUUCUGCCAUUUUGGAUGCCAGUGUAAAUUCUGAAGAAAACAUGGCCGUUGUUUGGUUGAGAAAAACUGAAAAAUUUAAUAGUUUUCUAUCUCCUGGAUAUAAAAAUUUUUUUUUAGUUAAUAUUAAUUUGUCAAAAAUUAGCUAAUUGUGCCGUCUGACUAGCUGUCUCAUCGUGACACCAUUUAACAGUUGAAAAUUUUUAGUGGGAUUGAGAUUUUUUUUUUAAAGUAAAGGUUAGGUACUAUCCUGAAAUAUACUUAGUCUAAUGAACAUAAAACGAAAACUGAAAGGAGUCUGCAUAACGACUAGAAAGAUCACUGGGAUUUUUUAUCUUUUGCAUGUUGUAAGUGCUUCUCUAACCUCUCAAAUAUAUUCUAAAAAAAGUCACAUUUGCCAAAAAAAAAAAGAAAAAGUUUUUCGUGCUGAAAUGCUGUGUUGAUGUCAGCUUCUGGAUUUCACAUAAUGGCACACAGGACCUUUAGCACCUGCCUGCGUAAAAGUUCAUUUCAAACGUUACUUUUAAUCUGACAAAUGAGACUCAUCAGGACGGAUACUUAUUAUUUUAUCCAACAUAACUGCAUUUGGAGUUAUGAUUUUCAACGUUAAAAUAUUUAUUUCUUUGUUUGGAAGGUUUGAUUCAAGCCCGCCUGGAAGUAACACGUGAGGGUUUAUUUAAAGAACUUGUGAGAAUAAAAAUAGUAUGAAUCAUCCAUUGUGAUGUUCUCAGCCACCAGCUCAAUCCACAGUGAAUUCAAACCCACAAAGUUACACAGAGUUCUGCAGCACAGAAGACACGCGCUGAGGGGAUUCCCUUUGGAAGCACGCUGAAAGAUUCAUUUCUCACCUUGUUUACAUUGUUAGGAUUAAAUCCCACAUCUUAAGAGUUCACAGACCAAAAGAGUUUAUGUGGUUACUUACCUCCAGGUAAUUUCAUACCAAACACAGGCAUGUGUACAAUCCUGAGUGUUAAAUUGUAACACAGAAGCACAAUCGGGUCAUUUAAGAACAAAUUAAAGACUACCAUGACCAACAGCUCAGCCAGUGAGACUCUUCGUUUUGCUGUCAAAGAUUAUGGCGUAUGAAAGCCAUUGUAGAUAGAAAAAAAAAAAGGAAAAGUACAUUUUUACCAAAAAACUGAGAUUGAUCUAAGAGAUUUUCUAGCGUAAGGACAUUUAUGAGCUUUAAAAGUCAAAAAUGUUUGGUAUUACUGGUAGACUUGGUCUCAAUGUCAUCGAUAUUUUUGUAUUGAUCCGCCCACCUCUGUUAGUGGAAGCUGGCGUUACUCAUACGAAACCAUGCAUUAUUUUCCCUUCCAGUUCACAAUUAUGUGUUAAUGUGUUCUAUUAAAUCUCAACAAAAUACGUUAAUGCUGAUUAAUAAGGCCCUAUUAAAUGUAACAUCAUUUUUCAAGCAGGGGCAAAGUUGAUUUGUCAAACUGGGUAAUACUACAAUUAAUCAUGUUGACAACUAUGUGAUGAUGCUUUUACUUCAAAAAAUCUUACCAAGUGUUUUUGGUUUAGUUUCUAGUACAAACAUUGAUGGUGACCACCUUAUGCCAAAUGCUACAAGUGCAGAUGAGCAGUUGAUGGAUUUUUAGUACUUUUAAAUUAAUCCAUAACAAAAGUUUGUUUAAAAUUUAUCUGUACUGCCAUUGAUGCAAUAAGAUACAAAAGGUUGCAACGCAACAGAAAGUACUCGUUCCAUUGGCAGAUUUUGCACUAUUAUUUCUUACACUUAUUCUGAAAAAGUGUAAAAAAAAUCUGCUAGUGGAACUUGAACUUCCUUUUUUAUCAAUAUUAAGCGUUUUUUUUCCACUUAAAACAAGCUCUGAAAUCUUGGUAAAAGUUACUUAUUAGUUAGUUUUGUCUUAUUUGAAGUGUAUGAAGAUAUUUGCACUAGAAACUAGACCAAAAUUACUUCAUACAUUUUGUAUUUUUGCAGUGCAGGGUUUACGACUACCUCAGCUUCUUUGAUUCACAUUGGAGAGUAUGGCUCUAAUUAGAUGCAAUGUUUGCAGAAAUUACUGGAAGUUGGUCCCUGAGCGUGCAACCCGAGCGCAGCAUUGAUUUAACAACUCAAUGAUAGUUAUCGCUGAAUUUUCUCUUACGGACAGUCAUUAACACAAUAAGGAACAUUGGAAUGUUGGAAUUUGGGUCAAUUCAAAGGUACAAUAAAUGAGCCACAAUGUUUUUAGUAAGGGUUUGUAGCUAGAAACAAGACAAAGUAUUGAAAAUACAUUGUUUCCGUAAGUUCAAUAAUGACCAGACCAAAUAUGGCAGGAAAAACAUAAUCAAAACGUCUCAUGUCUGCAGUGAAAAUGGCUCAAGAGCAGGGAGAAAAGCACAAGGUCUCAGUUUCAGUUAUGCAGCCGAAGCAACAAGAUUGACAACGAUAUGAAUCAGUCAUUAUCAAAUUCCACGGAGAUCUGCGUAAUGAAGCAUGUUUGUUUCUUCACCCUGUGGUUUCUAAGAGGCAAAGCAAUAUUUCACAGUUCUGACAACUGACUUUCACUGCGUUUCUUUGAAACCAGCCUGGUAUGUCUGAAAGGAUUUAGGACUUUUUAGACAUUGUUUGAACGAAGGUUUCUGUUAUUGAGGAGUUUGACAUUGACAGAUAAAAACUGUCUUCUAAGGAAAAGCUUUUCUUUUUCUUUAAUCCAUCCAGUACUGGUUAAGGAGCGUGUCCAGAGAAACCCAUUUGUUCAGUGUGAGUACGAUUAAGCACAAUGUUUUUACUGGUCCUGUAUUUAGACGAACAUUUUUUAACGCUUUCUAAACAUGUUGUUAUCUUAUUAUUGUGAGCUUUUAUUUUUCUCCUCACAAAACUGGCCAAAUAUAUAAUGUUUCCAAGA